AAAGAUAUAAUUCACUUUAGUUAACAUAACCAAAUUUAACCUAACCACCAUGAUUUUGCUUUCCUCUCCCUAUCUUUCUCUUUCUCUCUUUCAUUUGCCUUUCUUAUUCCAACCUCUUACUUUUCUCUCGUUGCCUUUUCUUUCUAAAUUUAGGUUUUACUUACAGAUUUUAAAGCUUAGAUUGAAAAGUUGAGUCAGUUUCUCUAGUUUAGAUUAAUCUUUUUCAUAGUCUUGUCCUUUUUAUAUGUUAUAGAUGAAUUAGUAGAGGAUGAGGUGAAACAAUGAAGAAUGAAGAAAGAAUCGAUCAAUUAUCCCCAACAGCAGCAACAGUUUCAACCACAACAACCAAAUAGUGAAUUAAAUGUGGAUAAUGCUGGUUUGUCACUUUCAUCAGUACCAUCGACAACUGGAGGAGGAAGGUUUGAUUUUGAUGAUGGAGGAGUUUAUGUUGGUGGUUGGCAAGAAGGAAAAGCUCAUGGUCACGGAAUAUGUACAGGACCCAAAGGACAAGGUGAAUACAGUGGAUCUUUUAAUUUUGGUUUUGAAGUUUGUGGUGUUUAUAAGUGGCCAAGUGGAGCUAUUUAUGAAGGACAAUGGUUAAAUGGUAAAAGGCAUGGAUUAGGUGUCGAGUUUCGCGGUAAAUGGGUUUAUAAAGGGGAAUGGACACAGGGUUAUAAAGGUCGAUACGGUGUACGAGCUUCACUUUUAUCUUCUGCCAAAUAUGAAGGAACCUGGGCCAAUGGAUUACAAGAUGGUUAUGGAUCUGAAACAUAUGCUGAUGGUGGAACCUAUCAAGGGCAAUGGCUUCGUGGGAUGCGCCAUGGUUACGGUGUCCGUCAAUCAGCACCUUAUGGUCAUUCUAAUGUUACAAAGGCAGCACUUAUCAAGAACUCAACAAAUGUAUCGAUGCAGUCGCUUGAUACUGAAGGUGAAUCAAGUUUAUUUGAUACUCAUGUGUCCGGCAAACGAGACUCUGCAAUGCGAGGAGGUUUUGUUUUGGUUGUGAAAAAUAAUUCAUCAGUUACAUCAAGGCCAGGAUCAGCUCCACCAGGAUCGAGAAAACGGCAAAAUUCAUUAGAUAAAGCAUCCAGUUUAAAGACUGGAUUUUUUAAAGGAUUAGUAUUGAAGAAGCAAAAAUCUACUGGUGAUAUUGAUGUUAGGUCAAAUCGUUCAUCAUCAUCUGUUGUUAGUUCAACUGAAUCAUCCCCAUCAACUCCAGGAAUCAAAAGAAAAGGUGAUAUUGAAGCUGAUGCUGUUUCUAAUGCGUCUUUCUUAUCUCAAGAUGGAGACAUUUCAGAUCCAUCGACAACCGAAACUUAUAUUGGUGAAUGGAAAAACGAUAAAAGAAGUGGCUUCGGUAUAUGUGAAAGGUCAGACGGUCUACGGUAUGAAGGUGAAUGGUACAACAACAAGAAAUAUGGUUAUGGUGUAACCUUUUUUCGUGAUGGUACUCGAGAAGAGGGCAAAUACAAGAACAACUGUUUGGUUACAAAUGCCAAGAAGAAGCAUUUAUUUGUUUUAAGAUCAGGUAAAUUGAGAGAGCGCAUUGAAUCAGCAGUUGCUGCAGCUCGACAAGCUCAGCAGAUAGCUUUACAGAAAGCUGAUAUUGCCAUAAGUCGAACAGCCACUGCUCGUGGUAAAUCUGAACAAUCAGAUGCUGUUGCUGCUCAAUCGAGAAUUGAUUCAGGAAUUGCUUAUAAAAUAGCUAAACAAUAUGGAGGAUCAGAUGUAACAAAUUUACAACCUGAAGCUCCAUUAAGACGAAGAUUAUCCGAAUUUUCACAUGUCCGUCGAGGAACUAUUGCUCAAAGUAUGGGUGCAAUUAGCGGUGGAGGUAUUAUGGGAGGUUUAAGUGGGUCUCGUCAGUAUCUCGAUCCUAAUGAACCAUUUAGUGGACGUAGAGGUUCAUUUAGAACUGGCCAUGGUUCAACAAUGAACACUAAUGAACAAGGUUCCACUUCACAUAAUUAUAAUCAUCCAUCAAAUCAACAACAACAGCAACACCACCACCAUUCAAAUUCAAUUCAGUUUACCACCGGACCUAAUCAAAGUGAAGCUAGUAAUCGUUUAAUGCCAAGUGGAUCUAACCUAACAUCUUCAUCAUUUCAUCCUUCAGUACAACACGAACAACAUUCUCUGCAACAUCCUCACAGCCAUCCUCAUCAUCAUCAACAACAACAACAACAACAUCAACCACAACAAAACCAACAACACCAACAACACCAAUACCAGCAACAUCACCAACUAAGACAACAACAACAAAUAAACGAUCCCGACCCGUUGAACGACCACCUUGAUCAUUAUCAAAAAUUAGUUCGAACCUAUGCAAGAAAAGGCAAACCUCCUCUACCAGAUAAAACCUUUGAUCGUCUUCGUUCACCUAAUUUUUUACCCUCGAAUCGAACAGAAUCCCAAGUAGCGGCUUCCUUAGAUAAAGUCUAUGGGGCAAGUUCAUCGGCUGAUUCUGGUCAUGAAAGUUCUAAUAAAAGUGACGCUGGACUUCAACUUCCUCAAGUUAUCGACAUGUCUAGCGAUUCUGAUGCAACACGAACCCCAAAACGAACGUCAUCUCUCUAUCGAAAUCCGAACACAUCAAGUGGUGGAGGAAAAGGCGGUGGAGCAACCGGUGGAGGUUUAGGUGUAAGUGGUCUUAAAAGAAAACCCUCACUUCAACCUCCAAGUAAAUCAAUUAAAGAGCCUGUGAUGAGUCGAGAAGAAGUUUCCGUUUUAUCUCAUGCAACUCGCUUACAACGCCGUGAAGAAGCGGAAAUGGCUGAAAGGCUUGCUCGAAAUCCAUUACUUUAUUUGGUUAAUCCUCGUUUUAAGGAUUGGCUAAGUCGACAACAAAUAAUUAUUACCGUACUUUUCAUCAAUAUCACUUUAGCUAUUAUAUUUUUUAAACUUUUAGGUUGAUUUACACUAUGAAAGGAAAGCAAAGGAAACCUUGUUUUUUUCAUAUCUUGAUCUUUCUGGUCGUCUAUUGUUUUUUGCCAUCCAUUAACCUAUUCAUCAACAUCCAAUGUCAACCAAGUCUCUUUUCAUUACAAUAUUGUAAUAAAUAGAUUGCUGAUAGUAUAAGUGAAGUUUGGAGUGAAUAUCAUCGUUUAAAGUCAAAAUGUAUUUAUGCAGUAAUACCUGGUGAAAAAUAUAAAACAAUUUACGAAACUGGAAAAAAAUAUCCAUUGUUUAUAUUUCCCGUUCCUAAAACUGAAUCCAGUACUGGUGAUGAUAAAAAUAAUGAUCAAAGUGGUUAUCAAAUAUAUUUAGGAAGCUUUAAUUAUCAUCAAAUUCAUUUUACUCCUUUAAUAUCGUACCAUGCACAUCAAGAAAAUGCUCCAGCUGCUAUGACCUUACGACAUUAUCCCGAGAUAAGUGAAGAGAAAGGAAUUGUUCUGAUGGAAGGUUAUUAUGAUGAUAAGAUUCUUAAUUCCAUGGAGGCUCAAUGUUUAGCUAAUCAAGUGCAAAUAUUUUAUGGUGCCAAUGAUUUAACGAAAAAUUUACUUCUUAAUAAAUUCAACAAAGAUCCAAAAUCAUUUGAUUAUAAUGAAGUUAUUGAUCAAUUUGAAAAAGGUUUAUUGUAACCUUUUUUGCAUUGUACAUAAAAAAGUAUUUCAAUUAAAUAUCUUGAAAGAAAAUAUCUUUUUAUCAAGUAUUAUUCAUAAUUUCAA